AUGCUUCCCAAACCCCUAAAUUUUGAAAUUCUAGGGCUCUUGAAAGAGCGGGAUGGCGAUCUCGGCGAUCGUGGGGCGGACCAGUCCGAUUCGGCGUUUCUUCUCGCUGGAUCCUACGAGCUCAAUGUCAGCAUCUUCUAUCAAUCCAACGUCAAGGAGUUGAUCGUGUUCACGGCGCGCACCAUCGCCUCGCGCACCAAACCGGGGGAGCGCCGAUCGGUGGAGCAGGACCAGUACACGGUACAUAGUUUCAACCGGAAUGGACUUUGUGGCCUGGUUUUCGCCGAUAAACACUAUCCAAGCUCUUUCCUGGUUCUUCGCGAGGUGCUUGACAAGUACGAGCAAACGUUUGGAAACUCGUGGAGGCAAUUGAAGGCUGACAAGCAGCACGCCUGGCCAUGGCUCGACGAGGCUCUCAAGAAAUUCCAGGAUCCAGUCAAUGUGGACAAGAUCCAAAAGAUCACCAAGGACUUGGACGACACCAAAGUCAUACUGCACAAAACGAUCGACAGCAUCCUGGACAGGGGCGAGAAGCUCGACAGUCUCGCCCAGAAAAGCUCCGACCUCAGCUUCAAAUCUCGCGAAUUCUACAAAGUCGCGCGCAAAACCAAUCAAUGCUGUUCCUUGGCAUAGAUUCGACCACUUCGAACAUGUCUUGCCGCUGUUUUCUUAGCCUCAUAAGCAUGGUUUUCCGAUCUCACAA